AUGCUUUUUUCACUUGGACUGCAGAAAAUUAUCAGAGAUCUGUUGCCUUCACUUUUUUCUAGGAUCGAUAUACAGUUUACCAUGUCUGCCAAGCAAAUGCCUUUAUCCCAAGAGGCUUUAGCUCAGUUCAAUCAGUCUCUGUCUGGGCAUGUUUUGGGGCUGCAUCCUCGUGCAAGCUCCAUUUCUACUCGCAGAAGUUCCCAGUCAAUAGAUCUUUAUGCCAGCAAGCAUCAUCUGCAUCUGAAGAACAUGGAUGGAAGACCCCAUAUCCCAUCCAGAAGGAACUCCAUUACAAGUAAUUUCAAUGUGCCUUUUUCUUGCAAAGGCUCCGUGAUGCAAGGCAAAAGGCAUUCCAUGAGCUGGAUGACCUCUGGUCAAGUCAGUUUCUCUGGAUUGCCUCUGUAUCAACCUAUCAGGGAGGUGAAGUGCGAAAAUACUUACAAAGCCCAGCCAGAUGAAGGUUGCAAGUUUGAUCCCUACAAGGUCCAGAGGAUCUUGGAGGGAGCUCUUUCAAGCUACUUGGCUGACAAUAAAUAUAAUCCUGUAACAUGUGUACAGCUAGUGCAGAGUUUGACAGACCAUAUCAGGUUGAAAGUGAAAGAUAUCAAUGCCCCUAGAUAUAAGCUGGUCUGCAACGUGAUGCUGGGCCAGCUCAACGAUCAGGGAAUACUAAUCAUCAGCCGUUGUCUGUGGGAUACAAUGACUGACAAUUAUGCAACAGCUACUUUCAAGAAUUCUUCACUUUUUGCUGUUGCAACUGUGUAUGGUGUAUAUUUUGAAUAA